AUGGACGUGGCGACUUUCGGAUCCACGUGUUCGCCCAGUUCAGCGCAGUAUGUGAAGAACGUCAAUGCGAAGCAAUUUGCGAAGAGGUACCCGGAAGCAGCAGAUGCAAUAGUCAAACGUCAUUACGUGGACGAUUACUACGACAGUGUGGACACCGUGGAAGAAGCGAUCAAGAGAGCCAACGAAGUGAGAUAUGUUCAUUCGAGUGGCGGUUUUCGAAUUAGGAACUGGGUGUCUAACUCCAAUGCGUUCCUGCAGGCGGUUGGCGAGCAAAGCGGUGAGUCGGCAGUACACUUUAGCGAAAAUAAGGCUGCAGAGUAUGAACGUGUGCUGGGCGUAGUAUGGGAUACGAUAGAAGACGUCUUCUGUUUUGAGACCGCUUCGAAGUUCGAGUGUUCCAAAGUCCUCCGAGGAGAAGAACGUCCCACCAAGCGGAUGGUACUCAGCAUAGUCAUGGCACAGUUUGAUCCGGCCGGAUUCCUAGCUCCAGUUACCAUCCUGGGUAAAAUGCUGGUGCAAGAUCUGUGGAGAACAGGAUGCCAGUGGGAUGAUGCGGUAGAUGACCUAUCAUACAAAAAGUGGACGCGGUGGACGAGCAUGUUGGCGAAUGUCCAGGCAUUUAAGUUGUCGCGCAGCUACUUCGGCACUGCGAGGUCCGAUGAAAUCCGGGACGUACAGCUGCAUAUAUUUGCGGACGCGGGUGAGACGGGGUAUGGAUGUGUGGCAUAUUUUCGUGCCAUGGUGCGUGGAGAGGUGAAGUGCACGCUAGUGAUGAGCCGGGCGAAAGUUGCUCCCUUGAAACAAGUGUCAAUUCCGCGCCUGGAGCUUCUGGCGGCGGUACUGAGUGCACGGAUGUCACAUACGGUGCUCGAAAACCACAGCAUAUCCAUUAGCAAAGUGGUAUUUUGGAUAGAUGCAGAGGUGGUACUAUCGUGGAUUAGAUCCGACCAGCGCCGCUAUAAACAGUUCGUUGGUUUCCGCAUCGGAGAGAUCCUGAGCUUGACGAGACCAGCAGACUGGCGGUGGGUUCCGACAAGGCUGAACGUUGCAGACCUGCUGACGAAGUGGGGAAAGGAUCCAGAUCUACAUCCGAGUGGUCCGUGGGUACGAGGCCCACAGUUUAUGUACGACCGGGAGGAAAAUUGGCCGAGGAAGAGUUUGCCGCCGGCUAAUACGACUGAGGAACUUCGGGUUCAUCUGUUGCUACACGACGUCAAGAUACCAGCGGUUCUUGUUGACGCGAACCGCUUCUCGAAGUGGACGAUCCUGGUCCGAACGAUAGCGUGCGUGUUUCGGUUUGUGGCGAACUGUAGACGGAAAAAAGGGAAACUGCCGAUAGAAACGUUGCGAGCAACGAAAAGUCAGCUGAAGUCGCAUAUAUUAAAUGCGGGUGCGUCGGUUCGACUACCACUACAGCAGAAGGAGUACGAGCAAGCAGAGCGAUGCUUGCUGAAGGUAGCGCAGUCGGAGAGUUUUAUCGAUGAGCUGAAGGUGCUGUCGAGGAACAAAGAUCGUCCGGCGAGCCAGUGGAUGGCACUUGAGAAGUCUAGUCCGCUAUACAAGCUGACCCCGCUGGUAGAUGAGUAUGGCUUGAUCAGAAUGGAGGGCCGCGUGGAGCGGGCAGAGUUUCUACCGUUCGACUUGCGGUUCCCAGUUAUUCUUCCGAACGACCACAGAAUUACGAAGCUGAUAGUCCAACAUUACCAUGAGAGGAGUGGCCAUGGAUACCGCCAGGCGGUUAAAAACGAGUUGCGGCAGCUGUACUACAUUCCGCAUGUAGAUGCAGUGGUGAGAAAAGUGUCGGCGGCCUGCGUCUGGUGUAAAGUACAUCGCUGUCGUCCCCAUGCUCCACGGAUGGCUCCACUACCAGUGCAGCGCAUUACGCCGAAUCUUCGGCCACUAAGCUACGUGGGCGUCGAUUAUCUGGGGCCGUUUGACGUGACUGUAGGGCGUCGAACAGAGAAACGUUGGAUAGCGCUGUUCACAUGCAUGGUGAUACGAGCGGUACAUUUGGAGGUAGCCCACGGAUUGACAACACAGUCCUGUUUGAUGGCGAUACACCGGUUUACCGGUCGCCGGGGCUGGCCGAUUGAAUUCUUCUCCGACAACGGGACGAAUCUGCGAGGAGCAAGCAAGGAAGUAGUAGAGGUUGUACAGGGCAUCAGAGAUGACUACCAGCUGACGAAUGCAAGGACGAGGUGGACGUUCAAUCCUCCCGCUGCGCCUCAUAUGGGGGGCGUCUGGGAGCGGUUGGUGCGUUCCGUGAAGGAGGCGUUAACAGCGUUGAACGAUGGAAGGCGACUGACGGACGAGAUUUUGCAGACGGUAAUCGUUGAGGCUGAGGACAUCGUCAAUUCUCGUCCCCUCACCUACGUGUCGCAACAGAACAACGAGGCAGAAGCACUAACCCCAAACCACUUCUUGAGGGGUGGGUCACCGAAUCAGCCAAGCGGUACACCGCCGCCACCCAAUCCGGCAGUGGCUCUCCGGGACGCCUUCCAGCGGUCCCAGCAAAUAGCCAGCGUGAUGUGGGAUAGAUGGAUCAAGGAGUACGUGCCUUUGCUGAACCGGAGGUCCAAGUGGUUCGGCGAAUCAAGACCGUUGCAAGCAGGAGAUUUGGUGUAUAUCGUAGAUGGUACCAACCGUAAGUGUUGGGUUCGUGGAGUGGUAGAAGAACCCAUAGUGUCCGGAGACGGAAGGGUCUGUCAAGCGUGGGUGCGUACUAGCACCGGAAGGUAUAAGCGAGCGUCAGCGAGGCUGGCCGUGAUAGAAGUUGAGGAAGGUAACCCUGAGCCGGAAGUGGCCUCCGGGGCAGAGUUACGGGCCGGGGAAUGUUCUGGCAACCCUGCCCAGACGCAGCCGCAUCACAACCAAUAUUUGGCCGAUUAG